AUGCUCCGCUUGCUGAGUUCCCUUCUGCUUGUGGCCCUUGCCUCAGGCUGUGGCCGGCCCUCCUUCAACCCUUCCAGCCGUGUGGUCAACGGUGAAGAUGCUGUCCCUUACAGCUGGCCCUGGCAGAUCUCCCUUCAGUAUGAGAAGGAUGGGAGUUUCCACCACACCUGUGGCGGCACCCUUAUUGCCCCUGACUGGGUUAUGACUGCAGGCCACUGCAUCUCGAGUUCCUUAACCUACCAGGUGGUACUGGGCGAGUACAAUCGAGCCGUGGAAGAGGGCCCAGAGCAGGUGAUCCCCAUCAACCCUGACGGCCUCUUUGUGCACCCCAAAUGGAACCCCAAAUGUGUGAGCUGUGGCAAUGACAUCGCCCUGGUCAAGCUCUCAAGAAGCGCCCAGCUGGGAGACACAGUCCAGCUUGCCUGCCUCCCUCCUGCUGGUGACAUCCUCCCCAACGGAGAACCCUGCUACAUCAGUGGCUGGGGUCGUCUUUAUACCAAAGGACCUCUCCCUGACAAGCUGCAGCAGGCCCUGCUGCCCGUGGUGGACUAUGCACACUGCUCCAGGUGGGACUGGUGGGGCUUCUCCGUGUCAAGGUCUAUGGUGUGUGCUGGCGGGGAUAUCCAGUCUGGCUGCAACGGUGACUCUGGAGGACCCCUCAACUGUCCCACUGAGAAUGGCACCUGGCAGGUCCAUGGUGUGACCAGCUUCGUUUCUUCCUUGGGCUGCAACACCAAGAAGAAGCCCACAGUGUUCACCCGUGUCUCAGCCUUCAAUGACUGGAUCCAAGAGGUGAGGCUUGGUUUACUUGGACUGCGAUAUGGCCAAUGCGGAGGUCGAUGCUCCGCUCCCUUCUUCCGUCUCCGUCCUCCGCGGUCCUGGCCCGGACGGCUCCGCGGCUGGAGCCGCCUUGACCUCCCCGGGGCCGGAAGUCCACUUCCGCUCCGCCUGGGCGGCUCCCGGCUUCAGGCCGAGAGUCUUUGCCGAAUUGAACGCUCGCACCACCUCCUAUCUUUGAACCCUUGA